GCACACACCAUGUAAUACUUCAAACGGUAACGGCAUGUGUUUGCUGUAUGGCUGUAUUGGCGUCAUUUCUUGACGAGAGUGACGCGAGUGAAUUUCUUUUGUGCAAUAGAUUGAUACUUUGUACAGAUUGAGAAAAUAAAGACGUGUGAAUGAUGGUGGAUCAACCCGAGUGGAAACCUGUUGUACAACAAAUGGUCGUGGAGAUUGAACAUGCACUUGGCCAACUACAAAAAACCUGGGAAGGCAUCGGAUGUACCAGGGAUAUGCGAUCUACAUACUAUGAUCAAGCACACACUCACAUAAAAGAGCUGUUGAACGAUAUGGUGGCAGAAGCACAGUUAAAGGAACAAGUGUUGAUAGAUACUAUAAAGGAUCUUUUGAAGCAAACAACAUUGCUAUACACAGAACUUCAUUUGGACGUGACACCCAAAACAUAUGAGCAGAUCCCUUUAUGUAAGGUCGAACAGAUGCUUCAGACAGAUUUGCAAAAUUUGGAGCAUAUGAAGAAGGACCGUAUGAUGAUUAUGAAGGAGUUGUUGACAAAGGAACAUGAUAUUUGUAAGAAACUUGGCUGCAAGGCACUGGGCAUUGCUGCGAAUGUUUUGCCUACUGAGGAAGAUCUUGAAGGUUUUAAGCUUUACCUGCAAAAGCAGGAAAUCGAGAAGGUACGUUUGGAGAAUGUUUUCAUAGAUAUACGUCGUUCUAUACUCAAGAUGAUGAACGACUUAGGUAUAUCUCCAUCUCCAUCUUCUUUUGAAGAGUUAAUCUGUAACAGUCCUGAGGAAUUUGUGCUAACCACGAGCAAUAUGAUGAAACUGAGAGAGUUUAGAGAUGAAUUGAAUAUGCAGGUAGAAGAGGCAAGAUCCUGUGUUGAAAAACUAAAGGAAGAUUUAACAGCAUUAUGGAAAUAUCUUGAUGAACCGGAUGAUAUUCGUGAAUCUUUCUUUCAGAGGCAUUCUGGUUACAGUGCCAGCACCGUGAAUGCCUUAGAUACCGAAAUAAAGCGUUGUAAAGAAAAAAGGAAAAAGAAUAUUGCCGUUCAUGUUGAAAAGCUCAGAAACGAAUUACGAGACCUAUGGGACAAAUGCAAGUACUGUGAUGCAGAGAAAGACACAUUUGCACCGUUUUAUUCUAACACGUUUACAGAAGACUUGUUGACGUUGCAUGAAUUAGAAAUAGAACGGCUAAGCAAAUUUUAUAAUGAAAAUCGUACGAUAUUCGAGCUUCUGAAGCAACGCGAAAAUCUAAUUUUGAAAAUAAAAGAUUUGGUUAAGCGAGCAAAUAAUCCCGAUCGCUAUCAUAAUCGCGGGGGUGGAUUGUUAACAGAAGAAAGGGAACGCAAAGGAGUACAAAAAAAAUUCCACGAAGUAGAAAAAGAAUUAAGAUUAUUGAUCAACGAGUAUGAGGCCAAACACAAUCGGAUGUUCACCAUUGAUGGUAAACCUUGGGAAGAAGUUUUAGCAGACACUUUGGAAGAUAUCAGUCGUGAGAAAGAGAAAGUAAGAAGAGAAGCGAAAAGCUCGAUGAAGAAAUCGCCUCUAAACAAUUCUAAGCGGACGCCGGGUAUGACUCACUUGAGCAUUCACAGAGGCCCAACGCUAGGGCUAUCGAAGCGCAAGUUGUUUACCCCAUCUCCCAACUCGUCAAUAAAACGCAGAAAUAAAAACGGCGACAAAAAUAAGCCCACUGUUGCCGCGUCCAAGAUCAGAAGGAGCGGAAGAAUUCCAAAGAUCGGUCAUAAAUCACGUAGAUCUUCUAAUGGCGAGCGGAAAAAAAAAGAAUCGCUGUCAGUUAGCAUCACAGACACAACAUAUAAUCAGUUCCAAGGUCACAUGACGGAUAGGGAGGAAUUGCAGAGCUCAAUGUUGCCUGAACAGAUAUUGAAGAGUGCCAACAAGAUCAAUAUCACCAAGACACCGGUACGAACGCCGAUGAAACCAUUGAGGAAACAUCUUUCUACGACAACAGCAACACCGGUCACUCGUAACUCCGCGCGCAAAACACCACACAGCCCCAGUCCCAGAGUCAUUAACAAUCAAAAAAUGACGACGGCUCCUAACUUUAAUUACCUAUUUUAAAUGAGAACAAGAUAAUAAAUUUUUUAAUUUAAUAUAUAUAUAUAUAUACACGACACAAUUAAUUUUCUCGUCUACGAGAAUAAUCAGAAAAAUUUAAUUUAACAAAAUCCUCCAAUCAUGCUGAAAAUUUGUCUCUCAAAUCUCAAAUUGUAUCAUACAUAAAAUGAUACAAAUGGGAAUCGAGAUUACAUUGCUGCUUGGUGAUAUUGGAAUGCAAAAGUUUAUUAUUAAAUUGCUUCCGACGUAGUAAGAUACAGAGAUUAGUUAAUAAAUAUAUAUUUGUUAAGUAAAAAAAAGCACAUUACUAAUAUUUUCUUUUCACGAACAGUAAGCUUUUUCUGUAACUAUUGAGUUUCGUUAUAGUUAUAAGUCGUCAUGUGACUUUUAUCACAUAUUUUAUCACGCAUAACGUUAUAACAAUAAUGAAACAGUCGUUAAGAGUUAAAGAAUAGAGGCCUGCAGGAGUAUAGUUCAACGCAAUUCUUAUUUGCAGCUAUAUAAUAUUAAGUAGAUUAAAUGUUUAUUAUUAUUGUCGCACAUAUAUAUGAUUUAUUAAUAAGUGUACAAAUAUAUUUCUUCGAAAGAUUCAAAGUAUUUCUAAACAGAAGAAUAUCUUUGUAAUCUAUGAAAAAGGCUUUGCAAAGUCUUUACAUGUUUGUAACAUUUUAACACUUUUACAAGAUGUAUGAAAAUUAAUUCCUAAUAUAAUUAUUUUGAAAUAUA